AUGGGGGUGACGUCCCAGUCCUCGGUCGCGAUGAAUCACGUGGGGGAUGUGCUGCGGGGGAUGUCCACGUACGUGAGGAACUACGAGGGGGAGAGGAGGCGGUUGAGGCUGAGGGCGCCCAAGCCGGAUUCGCUGAGGUUGGCGAAGUGGAGGCAGACGAUCGCGGCGCAUCAGAGGGGGCUGCCGAGGCAGGGGUCGCCGGAUCCGUUCCCGUCUAAGGUCUUUAACGGUCGACUGCUUGCUCAUCACAUGAUAAUGACGAAGAAGCAGAAUCGUAACCGGGGGCACCUCGUCUCUUUUUCCCUUCCUCGCUAA